AUGGAGAACACAUCCAACUGCAGUACUUCUCACUUUAGGUAUCCACUCUUCACAGCAACAUACAGCCUGGUGUUGCUGGUGGGCCUGCCACUGAAUGCUUUCUCCCUGUGGAAACUUGUGCGUCGAAUAGGGCUGAAGUCGGUGCCAGUUAUAUACAUGGCAAACUUGGCACUGUCUGAUCUGCUCUUCACCCUCUCUCUGCCAUUGCGAAUCCUCUACUUCUCCACGGGAGUGUGGCACUUGAGCAACAUCGCCUGCAUGAUUCCUGGGACCCUGUUCUCAGUCAACAUUUACUCCAGUUCUUUGUUCAUCACGUUGAUCAGUGUGGAUCGUAUGCUGGCGGUGGUGUACCCACUACGCUCGCGCUCCAUGCGUACUCGGUGUGCCUCUUGGAUGGCGAGUGUGGCUGUGUGGAUAUGCAUCAUCGGCCUAUCUGUUCCGGUGGCCUUAAACCAUAGAGUCAACAAUGAUACGUACUGCAAUGUCAGCCGCUGCUUUGAGCACUUCUCGCCUGAAGAGUGGGGACACGGUUUUUACAUCCUUUGUGUAAUUUCUGUGGCGGGGAUUUUCAUCCCUUUCGGAAUUAUCUUCGGUUGUACCAUUGCCAUCAUCCGAAAGCUGCGAGACAGAACCCAGUCCACCUCAAAAUUGAUAUCGGAAACCAAUCUGGACAGGAAGAAGAUGGUGAGGCUGUUCCUGACAAAUUUGUUCAUUUAUGCCCUAUGCUUCAUCCCUUUCCAUGUUGCCUUUAUUCUCUAUGGGUUGCACAAGCUGAAGAAGUUGGAAUACAACUACUUUGACCUCCAGACUGUAACCAUGUGCAUGGCCAGCACCAACAGUUGCUUGGACCCACUAAUCUAUUACUUCAGCUCUGUGAGCAUUCAGAGAAAAAAGGAAACAAUAUUGCUGAGAACGGUCCUACCAGAGCGCUGAGCUUAGCAGGACCGUUCAGUUCAUUCUUCAUCCAAAUGCAUGAAGAGACUUUGAUGAUGCAGGAUAAGUAAUAUGUUCUAAUAACAAACCAACAUACCAGAUAUCAGGUGCACGUACACAUUUGCGCAUACAGCACAAUUUUCGGUUAACGGUUUUUGUCUUCUCGAACAGGGGCUUCCUCAGAGAAAAUGCUUCAGCCACACCUAUGUUAUUACAGCAGAAGUAAAAUAGCAGAGCAAUAUUUGUACAUGCAAAUCAGCAAACCUUGCUUGUUGUGUAUUGGUCUAUUAGUCAUUAAACAUUUUUCUUACACUUCA